UCCCAACUACGAGUCCUCUCUUUCUUACCAACUAAAAUAUUUUAAAGCCAUUUACAGUCUAAUCUUUCACUUGAAGUUUGCUCUACUGCACCUUAGUAGAAAGCAUCCUCCAUGAUUCUUUCACAACCCAAGAAAUCCAGGGGGAGAGGGAGAGAGAGGUGAACGAUUGAGCAGAAACUACUCCUGCUACCGCAGUCACUUGGCUUCUACAAACCAAUUUUGGAUUUGUUCGAAUCGUUCAUCCGAUGACUGCUGCCUGAUUCGAUUCGAUUCGAUUCGAUUCUCUCGAAGAGAGCUCGGUGCGUCCGCUAAUGGCGAUUGCCGUCCUUUAUGCCGUCAUCUUGGCCAGUACUUUCUGCGCCGCGGAGUCCCAGUACAUCUCCUACAACACUACGCAGAGUAUCGUGGCCGGCAAAAUCAACGUCCAUUUGGUCGCUCAUUCGCACGACGACGUCGGGUGGUUGAAGACCAUCGAUCAGUACUACGUCGGCGCCAAUAAUUCGAUUCGGGGAGCGUGUGUUCAGAAUGUAUUGGAUUCUGUAAUUUCAGCAUUGCUGGAGGAUAAGAAUCGCAAGUUCAUCUAUGUUGAGAUGGCGUUCUUCCAGAGAUGGUGGCGACGACAGAGUGAAGUCCUUCGGGCCAAAGUCAGGGGGCUUGUCAAAUCGGGUCAACUGGAGUUCAUAAAUGGGGGUAUGUGUAUGCACGAUGAAGCAGCCCCACAUUACAUUGACAUGAUUGAUCAGACAACUCUUGGACAUCGAUUUAUAAAGGAUGAAUUUGGUCAGGUUCCUACAGUUGGCUGGCAGAUUGAUCCUUUUGGACACUCCGCUAUCCAAGCUUACUUGCUGGGUGCAGAGUUAGGAUUCAACUCUCUCUUCUUUGCUCGCAUUGAUUUCCAAGAUAGAGCCAAACGAAAAGAUGAGAAAACUCUUGAGGUUGUGUGGCAAGGUUCCAAGUCCCUUGGUUCCUCUUCACAGAUAUUCACUGGUAUAUUCCCCAGGCAUUAUGAUCCUCCUGAUGGUUUUACAUUUGAAAUAAAUGAUGUGUCCCCACCAAUUCAGGAUGAUAUUCUCCUAUUUGACUACAAUGUUGAAGAGCGAGUUGAUGACUUUGUAGCUGCUGCUGUAGCACAGGCUAACGUAACCAGGACAAAUCAUAUAAUGUGGACCAUGGGGACUGAUUUUCGAUAUCAAUAUGCUAAUUCAUGGUUCAGGCAGAUGGACAAGUUUAUUCAUUAUGUCAACAAGGAUGGGCGUGUCAAUGCUCUAUAUUCGACGCCGUCCAUAUACACUGGUGCAAAAUAUGCAACACAUGAAUCAUGGCCUCUCAAAACUGAUGAUUUCUUCCCGUAUGCAGAUCAUGCAAAUGCAUAUUGGACAGGUUAUUUUACAAGUAGACCUGCCUUUAAAGGUUAUGUUAGAAUGCUGAGUGGUUACUACCUGGCAGCUAGGCAAUUGGAAUUUUUUAGAGGCAGAAGUAGUUUGAGGCCAAAUACAGAUGCAUUGGCUGAUGCCUUGGCUAUUGCUCAACACCAUGAUGCAGUUAGUGGUACGGAAAGGCAGCAUGUGGCUGCCGAUUAUGCCAUGCGAUUGUCAAUAGGCUAUGUGGAGGCAGAAGAGGUGGUAGCAUCUUCCCUUGCUUCCUUGGCAGUGUCAACAUUAAAUACCAAACAUGAAGAUGCAGUCACAAAAUUUCAACAGUGUCCUCUUCUUAAUAUUAGUUACUGCCCUCCAUCGGAAGCUGCUUUGUCUGAUGGAAAAAGCUUGGCAGUGGUUGUCUACAAUCCUCUUGGAUGGAAGAGAGAGGAAGUAAUUCGAAUUCCAGUUUCCAGUGAACAGGUUAUUAUCCAGGAUUCAGAUGGAAGAGAAAUUCAAUCUCAGCUUCUUCCUUUAUCCAAUGCUACUAUGAGCAUGAGAAAUUACUAUGUCAAAGCAUAUUUAGGCAAAUCCCUAGAGGGCACGCCUAAGUAUUGGCUUGCAUUUUCUGUCUCCAUCCCACCUCUUGGUUUCAGUACUUACGUUGUGUCAACUGCAAAACAAACAGGCGCCAGUUCAAUCAUCUCAACAGUAUACACAUCAGAAGGCAGAACUAAUGGCACCAUAGAAGUUGGACAAGGAAGUUUAAAGCUACUUUAUUCGGAAGAUGAAGGAAAACUUACUCGUUAUAUCAACAGUAGAAGUUUGGUUACGGCUUCUGUUGAACAGUCAUACGGUUUCUAUCGUGGAAAUGAUGGAACUGAUGAAGAUCCUCAGGCUUCUGGGGCAUACAUCUUCCGUCCGAAUGGUACCUUCCCAAUAAAAUCAGAAGGGCAGGUUCCUUUAACCCUUGUGCGGGGUCCAUUAUUGGAUGAAGUUCAUCAGCAGCUUAAUCCAUGGAUACAUCAGAUUACCAGGGUGUACAAAUGGAAAGAACAUGCUGAAGUUGAGUUCACCAUUGGACCAAUUCCUGUGGAUGAUGGGAUUGGGAAAGAAAUCACUACUCAAAUUACAACAAAUAUGAAGACCAAUAAAACGUUUUAUACGGAUUCUAAUGGACGUGACUUCAUUAAAAGGAUUCGAGAUUACAGAACAGACUGGGACCUGCAAGUGAAUCAACCAGUUGCUGGAAAUUAUUACCCUAUUAAUCUUGGGAUUUACAUAGAAGAUAGCAGCAUGGAAUUCUCAGUGUUGGUGGACCGUUCAGUGGGUGGAUCUAGCUUAGUUGAUGGUCAAAUAGAGCUCAUGCUUCAUAGGAGAUUGCUUCAUGAUGAUUCUAGAGGGGUUGGUGAGGCAUUAAAUGAAACAGUUUGUGUCCAUGACGAAUGCAAAGGUUUAACUAUCCAAGGAAAAUACUACAUCAGAAUGGAUCCCCUCAGAGGAGGUGCCAAGUGGCGUCGCGCACUUGGCCAAGAAAUAUAUUCACCGCUGCUAUUAGCCUUUUCGGAGCAGGAUGGUAACAGCUGGAUGAGUGUGCCAACAUUUUCAGGAAUUGAUCCCUCCUACACCUUACCGAAUAACAUUGCAGUGAUAACCCUCCAGGAACUUGAAGGUGGAAAAGUACUCCUUCGGUUGGCUCAUUUAUAUGAGAUUGGAGAGGACGGGGACUAUUCUGUAAUGGCAAGAGUGGAACUAACAAAGUUAUUUCCAACCAAAAAGAUCAGCAAAGUGACAGAGAUGAGUUUGUCUGCAAAUCAAGAAAGAGCUGAGAUGGAGCAGAAGAGACUGGUUUGGAAGGUUGAGGGCUCCCCAGUGGAAGCUGAGAUGGUGAGGGGAGGACCUGUUGAUCCCGGAAAGCUUGUGGUGGAACUUGCCCCGAUGGAAAUCCGGACCUUCUUUAUUGACUUCGAUUACCUUCAAAUGGUUGGUUCUUGAGAGGCUUGCAGCUUGAGACUGUUUGAGGGCUUAAAUGCGCGGGAAAGGGGGGGGGCGGGGUGUUGUUGUUGGAUCUUUGUAUAGUACCAGUAUGCCCUUCUAAGCUUCCAUCUUUCAUAUACACUUUCGCCAACGAAUGUUGCAUCGUUACACAUAAAUAAAACAGUUGUAUUUGGUGAA